AUGGCCUCUCCUGUUGCUGAGGCUUUCGAGGCGGCGAAGAGGGAAUUCCUUUCUUCUACAAGUGAGAAUUCCCAUAAUGUUCUCCAAUUCGCUUCGAUCAAAGCAGUAUAUGACGCCACAGACAAAAUUCAGAGGGAGCAUUCCAAGUCUGGCACGUUGCGAAAUCUUCGCAGGAUCGAACCAUACCUAGACUGCCUGCAGCACUACGCUAAAGUUAUCGAUACCUUUGUGCGGGCGAAACUGGACGUUCUUGCGUUGAUUUGGGGUCCAUUGAGAAUAAUCUUAUUAGCUACAAAAACCUAUAUCGACGGCUAUGAAAAGAUAUGGGACACCAUGGCUCAAGUUGGGGUGCACCUGCCCCAAUAUGAGAAGUACACGGAAAUAUUCAGCCAGGACGACCAUAUGAAGCGCUUCCUUUCUCUUUUUUAUAAAGACAUACUGGAUUUUCAUUCAACAUUACUCGAGUUCUUUGACCUCAACAAGGCUCAAAGAUUUUUUGAAGUUCUUUGGCCCAAAUACUCCCGCAAGAUUCAGUUGAUAAUCGAAAACAUUGCAAAGUACAAAGGCUUGAUGGACAGUCAGGCCAACCUGAACAACAUAGUGGAAGCAGAAGCCGCGCGGGCCGAAUCUUAUCGGGUAUUCGAACAAAUUCAAGACGCUCAUUCACGCGCGGAUUUCGAACAAGUAAAAACCAUACUUUCAGCGAACCUAUAUGACGACGAGCUCGAGAAAGUUCGCGGAAACUAUCGGAUUCUAACUAAAAGUUGGCUGGAGAGUCUGAAUCAAUUCAAGGACUGGGUGGAUCCUAACUGUUCGAGUUCGAGGCUGCUAUGGUUGCAAGGAAUCCUCGGUGCAGGGAAAACAUUCUUGGUGUCCCUUUUCGUCAGGAGGAUGAAGUCCCAGGGCGACCCUCUUGCUUUCGCGUUCCUUUCCUAUCGAGCCCGAAAUGACGACCCUCCUUUACAGGUCUUCCACACUUUCAUGAUUCAACUGGCUAUUGAUAACAAAAUAUUACAGCCAAUGGUAACCCUGGCGUAUAGGAACAACUCCCGUCAGCUCUCCAGCUCUGUAGAGUUUGCUACAAACCUUAUCAAGCAAAUGCUUGAGAUGUUACCGACCACGUAUUUCGUUGUGGACGGUUUGGAUGAUAUUUUGGAGGUUGAACGAAGGUUUCUCCUUGAAAUCAUGCUUCAGCUCCAUGAAGAGCAUGAAAACCUAAAACUCCUCAUUAGUGGUCGACCAGACCAUGACAUCGUCAGAAUGUUAAGUCCCAAGGUCACUCCAAUCCGUGUGGAAGAUGGGAACGGUCAAGAAAUCCAAGCAUAUGUUCAGCAGAGGUCGGAUAGGUGGCUUUCGAGUCUUACUAUAACUCCUGAAGAUAGAGCAGAUAUUAGUACACUCAUGGGAAGCAUUGGAAAAUCCGCAAAAGCUAUAUACAUCAAUGGCUCCACCACCACGUACUCUACACUCUCGUAA